CCCGGACUUCGCAGCCUCUAGCGGAGCAGGGGUAGCGGGGAGGGAUAGACGCAGGAACUUCGAUCACUGCGAGAGCCGUCGGGGAAAAGGGGGCUGGGGCCCGGAUCUCGGGGCAGCACAGAGCUCAGGGAGAAGAUGGGUCAUGUGAGCGGGACUGAGAGGUUUAUGGAGCAGAGCUGUCAGCCCACCCGCGGCUGUAAAUCACCCUGCCUUCCCCGUUAUAAAGCGCCCGUCCAGCCCGGCGUGGGAGAGAGGAGACGCUCGCCUCCCCCCGGCCCCCAGCUCAGCUCGGGCUCCCGGCCAGGCCAGUGAACCCUCCAGCAUCCCGCAGUCCACUCCGCCAUGUCCGAGGAGCUGGCCUCGGGCCCGAAGGAGAGCCCGCCGGCGCCGCGGCCGGGGCCGCGUGAAGUGUGGAAGAAGGGCGGCCGGCUGCUGUCGGUGCUGCUGGCCGUGAACGUGCUGCUCCUCGCCUGCACGCUCAUCAGCGGCGGCGCCUUCAACAAGGUGGCCGUGUACGACACCGACGUGUUCGCGCUGCUCACCACCAUGAUGCUGCUGGCCGCGCUCUGGACGCUCUUCUACCUCCUCCGCACCGCGCGCUGCCCCGACGCCGUCCCCUACCGGGACGCGCACGCAGGCCCCAUCUGGCUGCGAGGUGGGCUGGUGCUGUUUGGUAUCUGCACGCUGGUCAUGGAUGUCUUCAAGACCGGCUACUACUCCAGUUUCUUCGAGUGCCAGUCAGCCAUCAAGAUCCUGUACCCCCUUAUCCAGGCCGUGUUUGUCAUCAUCCAGACUUACUUCCUCUGGGUCUCUGCUAAAGAUUGCAUCCACGCUCACCUCGAUCUGACCCGGUGUGGUCUCAUGUUCACACUCACCACCCACCUGGCCAUCUGGAUGGCAGCCGUGGUGGAUGAAUCCGUGCACCAGGCCCACUCCUACAGCAGUUUGCACAGCAACACCAGCCACUCCCGCCUCGCCCUCGACCCAGAGCGUGCGGGCAGCCAGGAUGGAGGAGGCUUCUGCUCCUGCAACACGGCCCUCUGCCAGAUCUUCCAGCAAGGCUACUUCUACCUGUAUCCCUUCAACAUCGAGUACAGCCUCUUCGCGUCCACCAUGCUCUACGUCAUGUGGAAGAACGUGGGCCGGCUGCUGCCCUCCACCCAUGGCCACGGCCACGGCCACGGCCACUCCCUGACCCGGGUCAGCCUCUUCCGGGAGACCUUCUUUGCCGGUCCCAUCCUGGGUCUGAUCCUCUUUGUGGUGGGUCUGGCCGUCUUCAUCAUCUACGAGGUUCAGGUGAGCGGGGAGGGGGCCCGCAAGCGGCAGGCCCUGGUCAUCUACUACAGCUUCAACAUCAUCUGUCUGGGGCUCAUGACCUUGGUCAGCCUGAGUGGCUCAGUCAUCUACCGCUUCGACCGCCGGGCCAUGGACCACCACAAGAACCCCACGCGCACCCUGGACGUGGCCCUGCUGAUGGGUGCGGCCCUGGGCCAGUACGCCAUCUCCUACUACUCCAUCGUGGCUGUGGUGGUGGGCCUGCCCAGGGACUUGCUGGGGGGCCUCAACCUGGCCCACGCCCUGCUCAUGAUUGCCCAGCACACCUUCCAGAAUGUCUUCAUCAUCGAGAGCCUCCACCGGGGGCCUCCCGGGGCCGAGCCUUACGACGCAGCCCCCAAGGAGCCCUGCCACGGUCUCACCUUUGCCAACCUGGACGCCCUCCACACCUUGCCCGCCUGCCCGCCCACCCCCAGGCUGGACGGCCCCAGCCCUGCAGACCCUCAGGAAGCAGUGGCUGUCAUCUUGGCCCCCAGAGGCCACUGGAGACGCCGGUGCCUGAAGGACAUUUCUCUUUUCCUCCUGCUCUGCAAUGUCAUUCUGUGGAUCAUGCCUGCCUUUGGGGCGCGCCCCCACUUCAGCAACACCCUGGAGGUGGACUUCUACGGCUACUCCCUCUGGGCCGCCAUCGUCAACAUCUGCCUGCCGUUCGGCAUCUUCUACCGUAUGCACGCCGUCUCCAGCCUGCUGGAGGUCUACGUGCUGUCCUGACGCCCCACCAGGGACACAGGGCUCAGCCCAGGGGCCCACCCAGAGCUCCUCCCGGGACGAGCCCUGGUCUCUGUGGCUGCUGAGUGGAAUUUUCACAAAAGUUAUUUUUAAAUAUGAGUUUUUAAAUCACCAUCAGGACCUGCCCCCCUGCUGCAGCCCAGCCCUGGGGCAUGGGGCACCCGGGAGUCGGGAAUCCCGGCCCAGGACCUCUCCCUGCGGUUCUCCUCAGACGGGGCUCAGGUGCCACCCCCUCCCCAGCCCUGUGGUCUGAGCAGUGCUGCUGCCUGGAGCUGGGAACCAAUAA